AUGAAGAAUGACAAGAAGAAGGUUAUUGUGAAAUGUUUGGGGGGCAAAGGGAAAUGCAAAUGGUAUGCUUAUUGUGCCUAUAGGUCUGGUGCCAAGUCAUGGAAGCUAAGAAAAGUGAUUGAUGAUCACAACUGUAGUAUAGAUUUCAAUGUGAAGUUGAGGACUUCUAAGUGGUUGAGUCAAAGGAUGGAAACAUAUGUCAGAGAGAACCCUAAUAUGAAGGUCAUGGACAUUAGGGACAAAGUAAGUAGGAAAUGGAAUGUAGGAAUCUCUAGAAAUAUGGCUUUUAGGGCAAGAGCCAUGACAAAAGAUAAUAUUGAGGGGUCAUUCAAGGAACAAUAUAGAAGAAUCUAUGAUUAUGGUCAUGAGCUUCUCAGAGAAAAUACAGGUUUAACAGUCAAAAUAAAGGAUGAAAAUAGUGAUGAUGAGUGUAUAUUCAAUAGAAUUUAUGUAUGCUUGAAAGCAUGCAAAGAUAGCUUCAUUAGUUGUAGACCCAUCAUUGGCUUGGAUGGAUGCUUUUUGAAAGGCAAGUAUGGAGGGGAGUUACUAACAGCAGUUGGAAGAGAUGGAAAUGAACAAAUUCUUCCUAUUGCAUAUGUUGUUGUUGAGGGUCUUUUGCCAGCUAUUCAAGAUCUUCUACCUAGGGUAGAACAAAGAUUUUGUGUUAGACAUUUGUAUUCAAACUUCAAAAAGAAAUAUCCUGGAAAAGACCUUAAAUGUCUGAUGUGGAGGGCAGCAACAGCCACAUACCCCCAACUAUGGGAGGCUGAAAUGAGGAAAAUUAAAGAGAUCAAUGUAGAGUUAUAUUUACUGACAUUUAAAUCUCCCGGGUUUUGGUCAAGAUCUAGAUUCACCCCUACAUCACAAUUUGACACUCUUGUCAACAUGUGUGAGGGCUUCAAUAGUGUGCUAGUUCGUAGUAGGUCUAAGCCAAUUAUCACCAUGUUAGAAGACAUUAGGGUUUACAUCAUGAAGAGAUGGGCUACGAACAGGACAAAGAUGGCAUUAUAUCAAGGUUUUGUCUGCCCUAAGAUGGUCAUCACAUCAAUUAUUUGA